AUGAAUCGUUCUCUAGACAUUGUAUUCACCUUUGUCUUGGCAUUCCUUGCCACCAUCGUACAUGCUUCCCCAGCGUCCUACUGCGAUGCAUCAUCAGGCAAAGUCUGCUACAGCUGGGCCCUUCCAUCCUCAACCUCUUCCCUCUACAUUCGCCUCGAAGCCCCUACCACCUACCAAUGGGUCGCGCUCGGCACCGGCUCCGGCAUGAGCGGCUCGACAAUGCUCGUUAUCUACCAAGACGGCUCGGGGAAUGUCACCUUGAGUACACGAAAGGGAGAUGGCCAUGAUAUGCCGAUAUAUCAGGCCAUGAGCAGCAUCAAGCUUGUUGAGGGAAGCGGCGUGUCGAAUAAUACAAUGGUUGCUAACAUCUACUGGAAAGAUGCGAGUAUUCAAGGGACUGCUGAUUGGAUUAGCGCAUGGAAGAAGGGUAGUGCUCUGGAUACAAGCGAUGCAAGUAGUGACUUUGCUGAGCAUGAUGGAACGGAUAGUUUCUCUGUUGAUCUUUCCAAAGCUAUAGUCAGCGGCACAUCCAACCCUUUCCUCAACUCAUCCAACACUACCCCAAGCGAUAAUUCUGUCUCUGGUGGCGGUGGAGGCGAAGAUCAUACUGGUUCAGCACAUGGUGUUAUUAUGGCAGUCGUCUUUCUCGUCGGGUUCCCAAUCGGCUCUGUCCUUAUGCCUCUGCUUGGGAAAUGGCUCAUCCAUGCCUCGUGGCAGAUCAUCGCCUUUAUAGGAAUGUGGAUUGGCUUUGGGAUUGGGAAAGUCGCUGCGGAUCGUGACGGAGAUUGGUUUCAUGAAACUCACGUUGUCCUCGGGACGAUAGUGUGCGUCUUGAUGAUUGUACAGCCUGUCUUGGGAUGGAUGCAUCACAAGAAUUACGUGAAGCACCAGCGACGAACCACAAUCAGUUACGGGCAUAUUUGGUAUGGUAGAGGUAUCAUGAUUGUCGGUAUCGUCAAUGGUGGUAUCGGAUUGCAAUUAUCCGGUGCAUCUGCGGGCUUGAUUGCUGCGUACAGUGUGGUCGGCAUUCUUGUUUCUGCUAUUUACGCUGCUGGAGCUAUUCAUAAGAUGGUCCAGAUGAAGAGGAAGGAAAAUCGUCUGGUGUCGGACCAGUCAAGUAGUGCUCUUGAGUUGGCGCGGCCACAGUCUCGAUUAUGA